GGCACACAGACACACACAGGCCAUCCUUGCUUCCCCUCACUAGCGCUUGUGUGAGUGAGUUGAGUUAAAAGUUCUCUCAGCCACGCACGCAGCAAGUUUCAGGAGCAUUUUGGUCGCGCGAGAAGGGGGGGUUCGUGACCCCUGCCCCAGCUGUCAGCUGCGCCCGCGCACCCGCCUCUGACUUUCCCACUCUGCCCCCGCGAGGAGCAUGGCGUCGGGAGAGGAGGACGGCGCGGUUGAGGAGAAGGAAAACAAUAACAAGAAGAGAACCAGGGGUGCCAUCGCGACAGCAUGGCUGACAUUCUACAACAUCGCCAUGACGGCCGGGUGGCUGGUGUUGGCGGUAGCAAUGGCGGGGUUUUAUCUUCAGAAGGGGACUCAUAAGGGACUGUACAAGCACAUCUCAAGAACACUCAAGUUCUUCCAGACGUUUGCCUUACUGGAGGUUGGACACUGUGCCAUUGGGCUGGUGCGGACAUCGGUUAUAGUGACAGGGGUACAGGUGUGCUCGCGACUCUUCAUGGUCUGGUGUGUCACAAGCAGCAUACGACAGGUGCAGAAUGCGGAGAGUGUUCUGUUGUUCCUGAUUGUGUGGACGUUGACUGAGAUCACGCGGUAUUCCUACUACACCUUCAACCUGCUCAACCACCUACCGUACUUCAUCAAAUGGGCAAGGUAUAACCUCUUCAUCAUACUGUACCCGCUGGGCGUCCUGGGGGAGCUGAUGACCAUAUAUGGUUCGCUGCCGUUCGUCAGGAAGUCUGGAAUGCUGUCCAUGCGUCUGCCCAACAAAUACAACGUCUCCUUCGAUUACUACAUCUUCCUCAUCCUCGUCAUGCUCUCCUACAUCCCCCUGUUCCCUCAGCUCUUCCUGCACAUGCUGCGGCAGAGGAGGCGUGUCCUUCACGGCGAGGUCAUCGUAGAGAAGGACGACUAGCCACGCAACUCAUUUGACCUUCACACACUCGUUUGACCUUGACCUUUGACCUCCACCACCCAGACACGCCCCUCCCCUCACACACGCCCCCCCCGCCCCCCAAGCCACCCACUCUCUCACACACAUAUAAACAGCACAAUUUCACCCACUCACCGACAUCACAGCACACUCACUCAGCCCCACAAACAUUACAAUAUGAUAUUACCCACUAACCACCAACAACAAUCAGGCUUCCCAAACAUAUGAUCCUUCCACCUUCCACCUUCGCAAUGCAGAGAUGCAGCCACGCAACGACCUUCAACCUACAUUAUAUGCUCCAGCCAAGGACAUAUCUCAAGGACAUCCCACUUUGGCGCCACUCCUCCAAUCUACAGUCAGCUAUGAGCUGACCACACCCACAUCAGGCCUUUUGUCCAAUCAGCAAAAAGAACACCACGCCCAUACCAGGACUUCUGUCCAAUCACAGAUGCUCCUGAUGGAAGUGGGAGGGGCUUGAGGAUAUCAGCUCCAUUCUGCUUUCUCUGAUUUCACGUGGACACAUGUGGACUUGCGCACGCAUACACAUGCACACAAGCACACACACACAUACACACACACAGACAUACACACACAGGUUCCUCUCAUCACAUGCGACAUGGACUCAGACAGUGUACGAAGCUGUGGGUGCGGAGAGAGUGUGUGUGUGGUGAGUGAAUGUGUUGUGUACGUUUGUGUUUGUGUGUGGUGUAAGAGUUUUGUAGUGUUCGAGUGUGUGUGUGUAUGUGUGUGUCAGUAUCAAAGCGGGUGUGGUUUAGCCUCUAGAAUGGAUCAGAAAGUGUUAAGUAAAGAACUGCAACGCAAGCGUCGACUCGUGAUUCUUGGCAAGAAGGAGUGUGUGUGUGAGUGCGUGAGGCGCAACAUCCGCUCUGUGUUGUGUGUGAGGCUGGAAAUAAAGUGGUAUUUGAACCCAACACACACACUUAUACACACGCACACACACACGAGAGAGGUGGUAGAAUCAGAUGUGCAGGGGUGUGUUGUGAGCGGGUUGUGUCUGGUUGGUUGGUUACUAUGACGACAGGCGGAGACUCUCACUGGCUCCAUGUUUACUGACGCGACUGUCAAAAGCGACUUUAUUUAUUGGCUGCCACGAGAGGAGCUGGGCUGGGAUAGGCUAAUACCCACCCCAUGUCCCGCCUCUCCCAGUCUUCAGCCACUCACUGGUGACUAUUUAUUUGUUCAUGUGACAGCAACACAUGUUGCCAAGUAUGUGUGUAUCUGUCUAUGUGUGUGUGUGUGUGUGUGUGUAUGUACGUACUGUAUGUAUGUCUAUUUGUGAGUGUGUGUGUAUGUGUACGUGUACCGUAUGUGUGUUUUCCCUCUUUAAGGUGCUACUGUCUUGUGCCGCUUAGCAGAAAGGAGGUGGGGCUUAACAGAAACCAGGAAGCAGAAAUGGAUUGAUGGAUUGAAUAAAAAAUGUGAAGACAAA